ACUCUAAAAAAGGAAAUGCGGGUUGAUUUCUGUAAGGCUGGUGCUGUUCCGAGCCACCAACCACCACCACAGGCGGCGGCGCUGGUGAUGGAGCACUUGGCCACCAUGGCGUUUCUAUCUCCACCGUCGUUGUCUCCACCCUUGCUCAACACUUUGAAUUCACCUCUCAGGUAUAACCAAGUAUCAAACGCAUGGAGGGAAUCUAAACCUCCACCAAACACACCUGAAGAAGCUUCCAGGCUUGUAAGUCACACCCUACAGCGACACCCAACACCCGAUAUGGAGGGCUUAUGGUCGUUCUACGUUCUCCGUCUUCCACAUCUUCUGGUUGAUGCGCCAUCACUCGCUGACGGGAUCAAGUUUGAGUUGCACACGCUUCCGGUGGAUGCAAAGGCAGUAGCAGAUGGGGAUACUGUAACAGUCUAUGUUAGUACCUCGGAUGCCCCUGAGUCAUCGCGUGUUCCCCAAGAGGUACAAAUGGCUGCGGUUGAACGUAUUGAAGCACUGGCUGAAAGGAACUACACCAAAGCAGAUUCAUUGCAAAAACGAAUCACAGACGCGGGCUAUCGGUUACUGCGUAUUGAUAAUCAGGAAAUUCUUGCACGAAAGUACCGAAUUAGACUAAGGGGAAUAGAUGCACCUGAACACUCAAUGCCUUACGGAAAAGAGGCUAAGGAUGAGCUCAUAAAGAUAAUUGAAGGCAAGUGUUUGAAAAUUUUGAUAUUUGGCGAAGAUCGUUAUGGGCGUUUUGUUGGAGACAUCUAUUGUAAUGGUGUCUUUGUACAGGAAUCAUUGUUGAAGAAAGGACUUGCAUGGCAUUACACGGAUUAUGACAAGCGACCCGAAUUAGAAAAGUGGGAGAAAGAUGUUCGAAUUAAGAGAGUCGGGUUGUGGGCUUCAUCAAAUCCUGAAAUGCCAUGGGAAUGGAGGAAGAAUCAUCGUGAAAACAGACAUCUACGCGUGCAUGCCUAGUUGGCAAAGUGGGUCUGCCUCUGUUGCUGACAAGUCAUCCUCGAGGUUUGUUAUUGUUCACGUUGUUGUUGCUACAUUCAAGAUUUGAUCAAACAAGGGAUUUAGAGUUUUAGUGGUUUCUUGAUUGUUAGUAUUUAUAGGCUUAUCAUCUUAUAAAAUGACUCGCGGAAAGAUGCCACAUAAUGAUGCCAACACUCGGGCUUAAAAUUUGUUAGUAGCAGCAAUAGGGAUUUGCAUAAAACGUUGAAACCGAUCGAAGCCUGUCGAUGGUUUGAGAUUCAUAUGGUUCGGUUUGACAGUUUAAUGUUGUAUUACAUUUACGAAUCAUCUUUAUCAUGUAAAGAUUUUGGAUGUAUACUAACACAAGGGUUUAUAAUGCAAUAAAAUUUGAAUAAAA